AUGUUGUCUUAUGCCGUUGCUUUGAUCGGCAUUCUCGUUGUCUUUAACAGCCCCAUCAACAACCUUCUAUUCUCCGGUGUGAACCAGACCCAAUGUCCUGGCCAGGUCCCGCAACUGCGUCGUAUCCCGCUUCCCAAACUCAGCCUUAAAGAGGACCUUAUUGCAUUAGAAGGCAACUCAUCGUCACAAUGCAUGCCCCAUACUCCCGCCCCCGUGGUCCAUGUCUACUCAAGGGAACCACUCGUCCUCUACGUCGAGAACUUUCUCAGCACUGACGAGCGACAUCACUUGCUCGACAUCAGUGGCCAUGAUUCCCGCACCGAUAGCGUACGAUGCAUUGAGGACCGGGCCCGCGAGAUCCAGGGCUGGAGGGACGACGUCUUCAUCGAGAGGCUGCGCACCCAGCGGUACCGCCCGGGUGGCCAUUACAACCAUCACUUUGACUGGAGCUCCAACCGUGGUGGCUGGGGCCGUGUCAGCAGCUUCAUGGUCUGGGUUGACGAUGGUGAUGGCAGCCUCGUGGGUGGUGGCACCGAGUUCCCCAGGAUGAAGAGGCGGAAGGAUUCCAGGUGGUGUGCUUUCGUUGAGUGUCCCGAGAAAACGGCCGACAGGGGAGAUGAACAGGGACAAGCUCCCGACGGCUUGGGCGUGACUUUCAAAGUCAUCCCGGGCAACGCUGUCUACUGGGAGAACUUCCGGUCGGAUGGUACUGGCAGAGGAUGGGAUGAGUCGUGGCAUGCUGGAUUGCCAGUCAAGAAAGGUGUUAAAGUUGGGUUGAAUAUUUGGAGCACGGGGUAUAUCGAGUGA